AUGUUUGUGGCCCGUGAGUUUCCUCUUCUUUUCCCUUAUCUUCUUCACUAAGCCAUUCCAAAUAAAAACGGUCAAAAGUCGGAUGGGCACUUGGCGUUUUAUGCGCUUACAACUGAUAACCAAAGCCUUCAAAUAGGGUUCGACCACGUGUUUCCCACUUUGUACCGUAUUCGAAGGCAAUAACUUUUCUCCGAUAAUCCGCUUCUCUCUCAAUGUUCUCCGCUUGUCGCGAGAGCUGCGACGCCAUCCGAUGGUCUGUCAACGACACGGUCCCCGACAGAUAACGAGAGAGUAUGUGGAGACGAGAGACACAGAGAAACUAUCUGGGUGGCGGGGAAGGGUCGAACCGCUCGGCCCGAUGACGUCAUUUAGUACACCAUCCGACGGAAUACUGCACCCAACGACGACGUUGAAACGAAGGGGAAAGACAACUGACGACUUUAGUGCCGACCGUCGGGGAACUCUGACCCUGUUUUCAUUCUUUCUGGACCCGUCGGAUACACAUUACGACGCAUUUCUAGUUGGUCUCUGGUCAGAAGUGUUCCCAGUCUGCCAACCUGUCCUCAAAACAUUCAAAAAUGCCAAACGAAUCCCUUCCCGCAAUUCCGUCCGUCUCUGUUCCUUUUUCCAUUUCGGAGUCAGCUGUCCUUGAUUGUGUCGCCUCUCGCGUGUCCCGCCUCGUCCAUGAAGGACUAGCAAAUCGCAUUGAGUUUUUUUUUUCGAAAUUCGCGACCAACCAUCUCUCCCGCCUUCUCCGCCGCCUUCCAAAAUGUGCCGAAACGUGCGGACGACGUUGUUUGUGACCUUUGGCUGUCCAGUUUUCCGUCUCUCUUUCUACCGUAAUCGCCGUAAUCUUUGAUGUUCACCCGCCAUUGCUACGGCUUAGUCACGUGCCGAUAUCAAAAAGAUACGCAUAAAAACAAUUCAAGACCGAUAUAAUGUUGGUGACUUUUGGUCUUUUUCACAUGCGGCAAGUGUGCAGACUGCCGUACUCUCCGGCCGGAUCCCGCGUGCUAUUUUUGUCUGCGAAAUGAGCAAAACGAAUUGUUGACGCCGUCCUUUCGAAUCUCGAAGCAAAGUGCAUUGACUCUCGUGAUGUGAACGCGAAAGUUUCGCAAAAACAAAAGUUCGUCUCUCCCGGCGAGUGCCCGUCCGUCGUCAGUUCCUAUCGCCUUUUCUGUUUGCCUCUCCCAUUCGAACUGGGAGAGAGUGCUGCUCCCAUCUUCUCUCUAAAUAAGGGUCAAACAGUGCUCAGAGGCCGUCUGCGCCUCCCCGCUCUUCCGACUGCCUCCUCUGUCGGCGUCUCAACUCUCUUGGCGGGCGCCAGGCCUGCCGGCCGAGCACGUGCCCACUCUGCCCUUCUCAAUACUGCCUGUCUGGCUGUUAACAUCUCUUGCCGGCCACAAUUCGACCGUUUCCGAAAGCCUCUUCCAGUCGCCUCUCAUUUUCGGCCGUCCCCAUUAAUCCGAGCCGUGUCCUUUCUGUUUUCGUCUUUGUCUGUUUUCCUCUCGCUUCAUCUCUCUGAAAAUAGUCAUUGGCUCCUACCCCCUUCUCCACUGAAAACUUGUUUGCACACUCAUUCCUCCCAUGAAGUCGCUUGUGUUGUGUUGUGUUGCAAUUUGUUCGAAUUCUCAAGCCAGUCAUCUAUUUUGAUUCCAUUUUGCAAGACGAGAUAAAGAGAGACAGCAUAGAAAAAUAAUUGGCGACCCUAACGUUAACCCCCUUGAUGUGGUGUUCGAUUCCUUUCGCAAUUUAUUAUGGCAGACAUUUUUCCAAAUUCCCGCUUUUUUUGGAGGGAUGCAAGUUCGCUCGAUCGCAGCGCUUCUUCUCUGCGCCCUCCGGUACUCGCACACUCUCUCCUGGCGCCAUAGGCUCUUCUCUUCCCAUCCCAUUCCUUUUUUCCAUUUCCGCGACGGCUUUCGCGAUCUGUUGAUUUCUUGUAGGGGGCGUCAAAAAGUGCGUCUUCCGCUGUUUAUAAAGCAUCGAAUGUGUCGCCAGGUCUGAAAUUCUCUUCGCUUUUCAGCUUUUUUUCUCUUUCGCUCAAAAGGCCGUUCUCAAAACUUUAUUUCAGGACUGUUCGGAAGCCCAGUCUCAACGUCAGUUGUACCGUCUGAAAACGAAAACAAAAACACAGCAAACUCGAAAAUGCCGCUCGACCCGAUGGAUUCUCUGUGGUGAGUCCCUGCAAAAACCCAUUGUCAUCUGCCGUACGCCGCGCUUUCCUAGGAUAUAAAUAGGAGAUUAUAGUUCAGUGAUUGGUGAACAUGAGAUUAGAUGGAGAAGCUGAAAAUAGCAGCAAAUUGAUUAUUGACGAGUGACUCUUUUGAGAGAUCGAGUAAGAGAGAGAGAGAAGAAGCAUGUGCGAAGUAAACAUGUUGAAACCCAUGACGCUUCGAGCAGAUCGGCGGUUGCAACUUGCAAGAAAAGAACGAAGAGGACAAAGAAACGCGAUGAUGAAAGAAAUUUGGGGUAUAAAUGGUAUAGAUGAGAAUAAUUACAAAGACGUUCUUGGAUGACCGAAAGGUAAAGAAAGGAUGCAGAAAAAAAAAUAUAUAAAUGUCUGCGUUUUUAACUGAAGAGAUUAUAGUUGUUUUCGAAAAUUAUGGCAAAACGGUUUCGCAACAGCCACAAUUGAUUGUUUAUCAAAAAAUUGUUGGUGUCGUAACGUCGUUUUCGAGACGGAAGCCAAACAUCAGAUGCGGUGCAAACCGUCCGUAAUUGUUCGUUUCCAUGUGUUAGGCUCCCCGUGAACCACAUGAUCGACCGAUUCCCUGAGUAUCUCUUUGUCCCCGUCGUCCGGUCGUCCGUCUUCAGCAGCGGACCGAAGACCGACCGAAUGGGCACGAUGUUUACGGGUAGAGGCUCGCGCGCGACGCUGGGCCGCAUGUGCAAAUUCACGUGGUCACAUGCCUCUCUCAGCUUCUCUUCUCUCUCCCGGUCGCCUUAAAAACAAGUCGAAUACGAUAGGCCAAGUGUGCACUUUCUCGCGCGAAGACGCAGACGCAGAUGGCUGUUGACGGGCCGGGUAUAAAUAGACCGGUGGGUGGGUCCGGAUUCAAAAUAUUCGCAACUGCCGACUUCUAUCAGCACAAGCAACUCUAUUUCAGGAUGUCUAAGGCUCCACAAGUAAGUGAUCUUGUCGUUCAACCAAAUGUCACAUUCAAAGCGGUGACUGGAGCUUCGGCUCAUGCCACCAGCGCCAGCAUUCCAAUUGCUGGAGCAGAUGACUCUGUAAGUAGAAUACAUAGAAGACUUUCCUGUGAAGAAUAAUGAGCCACUGUUUAUUUUUUUCCUCAAUCAUUCGUUCCAGAUUCGUCCAGAUUUCGACACCGACUGUCUCUGGAAGCCACCGACUCGCUCUGGACGUGCUCAGAAAGAAAGAACUAUUUCGAUGGAUUCGACUGAUUCGGAGGUCGGAGGUCUCGCAGGCCGCAAGUUCUCCACAAACGAAGGCUCCAGGUUGGGGUACAUACUCGUUUCUCUCGUUUUUAACACGAUUGGCAUCUUACAGCCCGGUUCCAACUUCGCCAAUCGAGACUCAGCCGCGUGCUCGUCGCAUGUCCAUCUCGGAGAUGCUGUUCGGCUCUUCCCCGAAGAGCUUCUCGUGGGGAAUGGAUUCGAAUGCAUCCCCAACUACUACCACUGCUGGAAGCUCUGAGCUCGGCGAGAGAAAGAUGUCUAUCACCGAUGUAAGUAUUACUGUAGACGGUGAUAGUAGUGAUGGACAAACAAGGGAAUGUGCGAGACUGAAGAUCAUAACUGAUACGAGAGAAUGACAAAGAUCACAGUUGUUAUUAUUGCAGGAUCCACGCUUCAAAGACUUCAUGAAACAUCAGAGCAAGAUUCUCGGUGACGACGGCAUUUCAGGUGCCGGUUUCAAGAAAAGCAACUACAUGAAGGACUAA